GGAGGGAGAAGAGUUGCUGCCUUUAAGGAUUGUUGAUCCACACUCAAGACACUGUCUCUCUCUCUCUCUCUCUCAGUGCGGGAUACAUACAAUUCAGGCAGUCCCACCUUGAAUUACAGGCACACAUCUGUGGGGCUGUGUCCCAGUGAAAUAACAGCAUGUUUUACAGUAUCCUGACAUUAUUAAUAAUUUCCGGCCUAUCCUGCGCUGAAGAGACCACUGAACGUGGAGGGGCUCCCGGCGCAGUUCCGUCUCCGGGGAAAGGUCACCGUGGUGACGCGGGCCGGCCACGCAAGGCGAAGGACAAGGAAGCCAUCUUGGAUUCGAACCAAGCGCUGAUCGUCACAGAGCGCCGGAACGUGCGGCGGGAUUGGUGCAAGUCCCACCCGCUCACCCAGACGCUGAAGGAGGAGGGCUGCAUCAGCCGCACCGUGAUCAACCGCUUCUGCUACGGCCAGUGCAACUCGUUCUACAUCCCGAGCCACGAGCACGGCGGGGAGCCCUUCCGCUCCUGCUCCUUCUGCAAGCCCAAGAAGUUCAACAGCGUCACCGUCACCUUCAACUGCCCCAGCCUCCGGCCUCCAUCGAAACGCAGAAGGAUCCAACUGGUGAAGGAUUGCCGCUGCAUCUCCAUAGACUUGGAUUAA